AUGGCGCGUCUAACAAGCCGCAACGGUGCGGCUAAGCCCUUCACGGCUUGGACCACCAUCUUCUACCUUCUUUUGGUGUUCAUUGCGCCUCUGGCCUUUUUCGGAACCGCCCACGCCGAGGAGAGCUCGGUUCAGGAUGAUUAUGGAACUGUCGUCGGUAUCGAUCUGGGAACUACCUACAGUUGUGUCGGUGUGAUGCAGAACGGAAAGGUGGAAAUUCUCGCCAACGACCAAGGAAACCGUAUCACUCCCUCCUACGUCGCCUUCACUGAUGAGGAGCGGUUGGUCGGUGACGCCGCUAAGAACCAGUACGCCGCGAACCCCAAGCGCACCAUUUUCGACAUUAAGCGUCUGAUCGGUCGCAAGUUCGAUGACAAGGAUGUCCAGCGCGACGCCAAGAACUUCCCCUUCAAGAUCGUCAACAAGGAUGGCAAGCCCGUCGUUAAGGUCGAAGUCAACAAGGAGCCCAAGACCCUCACCCCCGAGGAGGUCUCCGCCAUGGUUCUCGGCAAGAUGAAGGAGGUCGCCGAGGGCUACCUGGGCAAGAAGGUCACCCACGCUGUUGUCACCGUUCCCGCCUAUUUCAACGACGCUCAGCGCCAGGCCACCAAGGACGCCGGUACCAUUGCCGGUCUUAACGUCCUUCGUGUUGUGAACGAGCCCACCGCCGCCGCUAUCGCCUAUGGUUUGGACAAGACCGGUGAUGAGCGCCAGGUCAUCGUCUACGAUCUUGGUGGUGGUACUUUCGAUGUGUCUCUUCUGUCUAUCGAUAACGGCGUUUUCGAGGUCCUGGCUACCGCUGGUGACACUCACCUUGGUGGUGAGGACUUUGACCACCGUGUCAUGGACUACUUCGUCAAGCAGUACAACAAGAAGAACAACGUCGAUAUCACCAAGGACCUCAAGGCCAUGGGUAAGCUGAAGCGCGAGGUUGAGAAGGCCAAGCGUACUCUGUCUUCCCAGAUGUCCACCCGCAUUGAAAUCGAGGCCUUCCACGACGGCAAGGACUUCUCGGAGACUCUGACUCGCGCCAAGUUCGAAGAGCUGAACAUGGAUCUGUUCAAGAAGACUCUCAAGCCCGUUGAGCAGGUGCUCAAGGACGCCAAGGUCAAGAAGUCCGAGGUCAACGACAUUGUCCUGGUCGGUGGUUCUACCCGUAUUCCCAAGGUCCAGGCUCUCCUGGAGGAGUUCUUCGGUGGCAAGAAGGCCAGCAAGGGUAUCAACCCUGAUGAGGCCGUCGCUUUCGGUGCUGCCGUUCAGGGUGGUGUCCUUUCCGGCGAGGAGGGUACCGGCGAUCUCGUCCUGAUGGACGUCAACCCUCUUACCCUCGGUAUCGAGACCACUGGUGGUGUGAUGACCAAGCUCAUCCCCCGUAACACUGUGGUUCCUACCCGCAAGUCUCAGAUCUUCUCUACCGCCGCUGAUAACCAGCCCACCGUCCUCAUUCAAGUUUUCGAGGGUGAGCGUUCUCUGACCAAGGACAACAACCUGCUUGGCAAGUUCGAACUUACCGGCAUUCCUCCCGCGCCCCGUGGUGUUCCCCAGAUUGAGGUGUCCUUCGAGCUGGACGCCAACGGUAUCCUGAAGGUCGGCGCCAGUGACAAGGGCACUGGUAAGGCCGAGUCUAUUACUAUCACCAACGACAAGGGCCGUCUGUCCCAGGAGGAAAUUGAGCGUAUGGUGGCCGAGGCGGAGCAGUUCGCCGAGGAGGACAAGGCGAUCAAGGCCAAGAUUGAGGCCCGCAACUCGCUGGAGAACUAUGCCUUCAGCCUGAAGAACCAGGUCAACGACGAGAACGGCCUCGGCGGCCAGAUCGACGAGGACGACAAGCAGUCCAUCCUGGAUGCCGUCAAGGAGGUGAUGGACUGGCUGGAUGACAACGCGGCUACUGCCACCACGGAGGACUUCGAGGAGCAGCGCGAGCAGCUGUCCAACGUCGCCUACCCGAUCACCAGCAAGCUGUAUGGCUCUGCGCCGGCGGAUGAGGAUGACGAGCCCAUGGGCCAUGAUGAACUGUAA